AUGAAGGCCCCCGUCAUCUCCCUCCCCUCCCCCUCGCUCGCCGCCUGCGUCUGCGCCAUCGUCGACGUCGCCAUCGCCGGCGGCGUCGUCGUCCUCCGCGCCGCCAUGCCCGUCUCCUACGCCGCCCACCUCGACGCCGCCAUCGCCGCCGGCGUCGGCUCCUUCAAGGUCGAGAUUGGCUGCGGCGGCCCGGCCACUCCGCCGCCACCCCAGCCGCCCCGGGAGAAGCGCGACUGCGCGGACAUUGAGGGAGCCAUCACCACGGCGGAGGCGAUGCUCAGGAAGGGGCUGCGCGCGCUGCCGGGGUUCUCGGACUCGGGCGUGUGCCAGACCGGCAUCAAGAACGGCAUCAAGGCGUUCAAGGACGUUCUGGGCUGCGAGCAGGUGAAGGCUAGCGAGUGA